GCUUUCAUUUCGCGGUACAGUUUGGUUUCUGCUCUGCUGAGAAGAUGUCUGGACGUGGAAAGGGAGGGAAAGGCUUGGGAAAGGGGGGAGCCAAGCGGCACCGCAAAGUGCUUCGCGAUAACAUCCAGGGCAUCACCAAGCCUGCUAUCCGCCGCUUGGCUCGCCGUGGAGGCGUGAAGCGUAUUUCUGGCUUGAUCUACGAAGAGACCCGAGGCGUCCUGAAAGUCUUUCUGGAGAACGUGAUUCGCGAUGCUGUGACCUACACUGAGCACGCCAAGAGGAAGACCGUGACUGCCAUGGACGUCGUCUAUGCUCUGAAGCGCCAGGGCCGUACUCUCUACGGUUUUGGUGGCCACCAGCACAAGCGGAGAGCGGAGACGAUCAUGUCGGAGACUGUUCCCGAAGCACCGGUGGCCGCGGCGCCCGCCGCCAAGGCGCCUGCCAAGAAAGCCAAGAAGCCCGCGGGAGCCGCCAAGCCGCGCAAGGCGUCUGGCCCCAGCGUGACGGAGCUGCUGACCAAGGCGGUGGCCGCGUCCAAGGAGCGCAACGGGGUGUCCCUGGCGGCGCUCAAGAAGGCGCUGGCGGCCGCCGGCUACGACGUGGACAAGAACAACAGCCGCAUCAAGCUGGGCCUCAAGAGCCUCGUGAGCAAAGGCACCUUGGUGCAGACCAAAGGCACGGGCGCCUCGGGCUCCUUCAAGCUCAACAAGAAACAGCUGCACGAGACCACCAAGGACAAGGCUGCGACCGGGGCCAAGAAGAAGAAGCCGGCAGCGGCCGCCGUCCGCAGCAAGAAGGUGGCGCCCAAGAAGCCCGCUUCCGGCUCGGCCAAGAAGCCCAAGAAGCCGGCCGCCAAGAAGAGCCCCAAGAAGGCGGCGGGCGCCAAGAAGCCGGCAGCGGGCGCCAAGAAAGCGGCGGCCAAGAGCCCCAAGAAGGCCAAGGCCGCCAAGCCCAAGAAGGCGGCGGCCAAGAGCCCCGCCAAGGCAAAGGCCGUCAAGGCCAAGGCCAAAGCGAAGCCAAAGACGCCCAAGGCCAGAGUGGCCAAGCCCAAGAAGGCUGCGCCCAAGAAGAAGCGAGGUUUGUCUUGUUUGUUUGCUGCUGGCGAGAGAAUGGCUCGGACCAAGCAGACCGCCCGUAAGUCCACCGGUGGCAAAGCGCCGCGGAAGCAGCUGGCCACGAAGGCUGCGCGUAAAAGCGCUCCGGCCACGGGUGGCGUGAAGAAGCCUCACCGCUACCGUCCGGGCACGGUGGCGCUGCGCGAGAUCCGGCGGUACCAGAAGUCUACUGAGCUUCUGAUCCGCAAGCUGCCCUUCCAGCGCCUGGUGCGCGAGAUCGCGCAGGACUUCAAGACGGACCUUCGCUUCCAGAGCUCUGCGGUGAUGGCUCUUCAGGAGGCGAGCGAGGCUUACCUGGUGGGUCUGUUCGAAGACACGAACCUGUGCGCCAUCCACGCCAAGCGGGUCACCAUCAUGCCCAAAGACAUCCAGCUCGCCAGGCGCAUCCGCGGGGAAAGAGCGUGAAGCAGCACCUGCUACUUCGUUGCCCCCCCCGCACCCGCUUGCACCUC